CAAAGCAGAAUAAGAUGGAUACUCACAGAUCCUGAUGCUGGAAACUUAAAAGCACUUUCCUUCGCUUUCUAAUAUAUUUUGGAUGCGGACGGCCUGGGACCUCGUGGACAGACACGUAAGCUGAUUCAGAACAAACCCGCUCUAGACACURCGGAUUAUCGGCUCGAUCCCGGCCAUGGCGAAUCCGCCCCAGAGCCUGGAACGCAGCGCGCUGGUGCUGCUGUGUAUUUUCCUGGGGACGCUGCGGGAAUCUGGAGCCGGACACGUCCGAUACUCUGUGCUAGAAGAGGUGGACAAAGGCUUCUUCGUGGGCAACAUCUCCAAGGACCUAGGGUUGGAGCCCCGGGAGCUGACCGACCGCGGAGUCCGCAUCAUCUCCCGGGAGAAGACGCAGCUUUUCGCUCUGAAUCCGCGAGGUGGCAGCUUGAUCACCGCGGGUAGGAUAGACCGGGAGGAGCUCUGUGAAACGGUUUCCUCCUGCUUUUUAAAUAUGGAGAUUCUUGUGGAGGACACYCUGAAGAUUUAUGGAGUGGAGGUAGAAAUAAUGGAUGUUAAUGAUAAUGCUCCCAGCUUCCGGGAAGAGGAAAUAGAGAUAAAAGUCAGUGAGCACGCAGCUCCUGGAUCGAGAUUUCCUCUACCUAACGCUAGGGAUCCAGAUGUGGGAGCGAACUCUCUCCAGAGCUACCAACUCAGCCCUAAUAGUUACUUUUCCUUGCAAAUGAGAGGCGGAACUGAUGGGGCCAAGAAUCCAGAGCUAGUGCUGGAGCGAGGUCUGGACCGGGAGAAAGAGGCGGCUCACCUCCUCCUCCUCACAGCCUUAGAUGGAGGCGAUCCCAUCCGCAAGGGCUCAGUUCCCAUUCGCGUGGUGGUCCUGGAUGUAAAUGACCACAUCCCAAAGUUUACACAGUCUGUGUAUAGAGUGAGUGUUCCUGAAAACCUCAGCUCUGGAACUCGAGUGCUCGUGGUAAAUGCAACGGAUCCAGAUGAGGGUCUCAACGGGGAAGUGAUGUAUUCGUUCCAGAAUACAGAAAGCAAAGCUUCUGAAAUAUUCCAGUUGAAUUCUCAAACUGGCGAAGUUCUAGUACAGGGGCCUCUGGAUUUUGAAAAAUAUAGGUUCUAUGAGAUGGAAAUUCAAGGCCAAGAUGGUGGCGGUCUCUCGACCACUGCUAAGAUGUUCGUUACAGUUUUGGAUGUGAAUGAUAAUGCUCCAGAAAUAACUAUCACCUCUUCUAUUGAUUCAGUGUUGGAAAAUUYGCCUCCAGGUACAGUAAUUGCUCUUCUAAAUGUGCAAGAUCGAGAUUCUGGAGAAAAUGGUCAGGUCUCCUGUUUCAUUCCUAACAAUCUCCCUUUUAAGUUAGAAAAAACUUAUGGAAAUUAUUACAAGUUAAUAACAAACAGCGAGCUGGACAGAGAGCAAGUCCAGAGCUAUAACAUAACAUUGUCAGCCAAAGACCAAGGAAGUCCAUCCCUAUCUACAGAAAUUCACCUCUUACUGAAUGUGGGAGACAAGAACGAUAACCCUCCAGUCUUCACUCACUCUUCUUACUCUACCUAUGUUUCUGAAAACAAUCCUAGAGGAUCCUCCAUUUUCUCAGUGACCGCUCUUGACCCAGAUAGCAAAGAGAAUGCCCAGGUCACUUAUUCUGUCACAGAAGACAUGAUCCAAGGGGCACCUCAGUCCUCCUAUGUAUCUAUCAACUCGGAUACUGGGGUGCUGUAUGCAUUGCGCUCUUUUGACUAUGAGCAGUUCCAAAACCUACAACUGAGAGUGACUGCAUGUGAUAGCGGGGACCCACCACUCAGCAGCAAUGUGUCAGUGAAUCUGUUCAUACUGGACCAGAAUGACAACAUUCCUGAGAUCUUGUAUCCCAUCCUCCCCACUGAUGGUUCCACUGGGGUGGAGCUAGCACCCCGAUCUGCAGAGCCUGGAUACCUGGUGACCAAAGUGGUGGCAGUGGAUAGAGACUCAGGACAGAAUGCCUGGCUGUCCUACCGCCUGCUCAAAACCAGCGAGCCUGGGCUCUUCACGGUGGGGCUGCACACAGGUGAGGUGCGCACUGCCCGGAACCUACUGGAAAAAGAUGCACUCAAGCAGAGCCUCGUGGUGGCCGUCCAGGACCAUGGUCAACCUCCCCUCUCAGCCACUGUGACGCUCACAGUGGCAGUGGCUGACAGUAUCCCAGAAGUCCUGGCCGACUUGGGCAGUCUGGAGUCUUCCACCAACCCAGAUGAAUCAGGCCUCACACUCUACCUAGUUGUGGCCAUCACAGCGGUCUCCUGCAUCUUCCUCAUCUUUGUCAUUGCGUUGCUGGCACUCAGACUGAGGCACUGGCAUUCCUCACGUUUGCUCCAGGGAGCAGGCAGCGGGUUAGGGGGCACSCCCGCCUCUCACUUUGUGGGUGUAGAGGGGGUGCAUGCUUUCCUACAGACCUAUUCCCAUGAGGURUCCCUCACUGCUGACUCUCGGAAGAGCCACCUGAUCUUCCCGCAGCCCAACUAUGCAGACACGCUCAUCAGCCAGGAGAGCUGUGAGAAAAGCGAGCCUCUCUUGAUAGCUGAAGACUCAGCUACUGUUUUAGGCAAACAUGACCCAACAAACAAUCAGCAAGCCCCACCCAACACGGACUGGCGUUUCUCUCAGGCCCAGAGACCCGGCACCAGCGGCUCCCAAAAUGGUGAUGAAACUGGCACCUGGCCCAACAACCAAUUUGACACAGAGAUGCUGCAAGCCAUGAUCUUGGCCUCCGCCAGCGAAGCUGCUGAUGGGAGCUCCACCCUGGGAGGAGGUGCUGGCACCAUGGGCUUGAGUGCCCGCUAUGGACCCCAGUUCACCCUGCAGCAUGUGCCCGACUACCGCCAGAACGUCUACAUCCCUGGCAGCAAUGCCACACUCACCAAUGCACCUGGCAAGAGGGAUGGCAAGACCCCAGCAGGUGGCAAUGGAAACAAGAAGAAGUCGGGCAAGAAGGAGAAGAAGUAACGUGGAGGCCAGGCCUAGAGCCUUAUAGGACAGCCUCCUUCCCCAACCAACCCAGCUUCUCCUUACCUGUACCCACAUCUCAGAAUUUCAGGGCUCACCCCCAGGAUACUGGCAGGGGCUAAGGCCAUGCUCCCCUUGGGAAACAGAAACAAGUGCCCAGUUAAUACCCCCUCUCUCUGCCCCCAAGGGGUUGAAUAUGCAAAGGGAGUUCUGCUGGGAACCCCCAUCCAAUCAAUUUGCUGUACCCACGGGGGUAAUGGGGUUAGUGUAGACACCAAGAAUCAUUGUCACACACCCUUUCUUACAGCUGGACUCCUCCAUCUUCCAAAUCAGUCAGGCCCAUCCAUCCCCUGCUUCCCUCCACCCCACCUCAUCCUGCUCCUUCAAAGUUCCUCUCUUGAGUAAGGUGGUUGGGGUACUGAGGUACCACAUGAUCUAAGAAGGGUCAUAGUUCUAUAGAGUUGGGAAGGCAUCAUGACCUCUUGGUCUCUUCUUCAGUUCUCAAUCUUCCCCCAAAGCAUGGUAUUGUGAGAGUCCUUUUACCUCUCUAGAUCCUAAGACCAAUGUUCAAGUUUUGGGGGACACCAUACUGUCAGCAUCCCUGUGGUACUGAUGAUGCUUGCCAGAUUUAGGGAAGGCAUUUUGCUACCAAGCCUCUUCCCCAGGCCCUGGGGACCAGUCUUUUGUUUUUCAUUGUUCGAUGUUCCCACUGCAUGCUGUGAUUUUUCCCCACCUCUCCUCAAACAAGAGACUCCAUUGCAUGUUCUGAGACAGUAGGGGAUGGUAAGCUAAAGAAGGGAAGUUUGUGUAUAUGGAUGGGGAGAGGAUGGACAAAGCUUGGCCCAUCAGUUUACAGGGUCAUAAAGGAGGCUCUGUAUGUCCCCCAGAAUACUGGCCAGAUCUCCAAAUUCCAGCCAUAAACCAAGCACCAGGUUGGACCCUUAGCCCCCCCCCCCCCAUAUAGGGUUCAGCCCGGGGCGGCUUUGGGCUGAGCUAUCAGGACCAAUGAAUUUAAAUGGGCAUUUCAGUUUAAGGAAGCUCUGAUUGGGUUUAGGAGUAGGUCCCCUGGAGAGGUCAGAGGGGCCUCUGUGGGUGCUGGGUACUCCAGAGGAGCCACUGUGGAACCCUGAUAGGAAGGGAAGCCCAGCAAGGCCAUUCUUAGUUCCUGGGUUGGGAGGCAAAGAACUACAGCAGGAACCAAGUAGAUAGGCGGGGCUUUUCUACAGGGUCCCUGUACUACUCAAAACGUAGGUCCUUCAUCUUGCCAGGUGCCAUUUCUUCUCUGUGAAGGCCACUGUCCAGGCCCUCAGCCCACCCCUUAGUGGCCAGAGCCUGGUUAAAGUCCCCCAGUGCCUCCUUGAGCAAAGACCUUCCUCUGCCCACCCACUUCUGCCCCGCGGUCCGGUUCAUCCAGCCCGGCUGCAAGAGAACCCCACCCCAGCCCUUAAAAGUAGUGUAGAGCCCCCUCCCUCGGCUGGUGUAGAAUAGCCAAUAGUGUAUGUAGUGYGGUGUGCUUUUCCGUGAUGGCGAGUGGGCAGCGGGCGGUGGGCUGCGCGCAGCCGUCUGUCCUUGAAUCUGCCUKCGGCGGCCCGUGCUGUGUUUUGUGCUGUGUCCACGCGCUGCGGCGACCCCCUCCCCCGUACUGACUCCUUCUAUAAGCGCUUCUCUUUCGCAUAGUCACGUAGCUCCUACCCACCCUCUUCCUGUAUCUCACGCAAGUUUUAUACUCUAAUAUUUAUAUGGCUUUUUUUCUUCGAAAAAAUAAUA